UCCGCGACACCGAGUAGGAAGGUAUCGUUCUCUUUCUGCGUUCACCGGGGCUCGUCUCGACGCAGCGAGAGCGCCUCUCAAACCGAACCGUUCUUCCAGUCGGUCCCCGACCGGGCAUCGCGUGUCAGCCUAUCGUCAUACCGAGUCGAGAAGUCAACGGAGAAACAGUUUUCACAGUGUUCCAUCGUCGGUCUUGGAUUUAUUUACCCAAAUAUACCCCUCGGACGUAUCUCGGUACGGAUUUGAUCUUCGGUAGAUGAUACAUUCGCGUGGUGGACAGUGGGAGACAGCGUCGCUCCGUUUCGCUGACUGCGCGAUCCGUGCGAGUCCGUCGUGUGCGUGAGAAAAUACACGGGGGUGUGAUCCAGGCGAAUAAUACUGCCUUUCGCGUGCACACUUCUCGUGAGAUUCACCGAGUGCCGAUCGUUGACGAUCGGAGUUUCUUGUUCCUCGUUCCUGGUGGCUACUCAGAACCGCCACGCAGGAGGCUGGUGCUUUUAUUAUUCAGUGUCUUCGAGAGUUUCCAUUCGCAGUGAAAAACCUCCGAUAGUUAUUAUCGGCAGGUUUCUGUUUCGUCUACACGAGGGAGAAGGGAUAUGCUUGGGUGAGAUGCUUGGCUGGUUCACGAUUCCACGGUGAUUCGCGUGAUCCCGUCGCUAAGCGUCGGAUACCUUCCACCGUCUGCGAACAACGACAGCCUCCCUGAACGACUGACGAUCUGCUAGGAUUUUUCUUCAAAUUGUCUCUUCGAUGCGUCGCCUGUCCGACGUGACGAUCCGAAGGGCUGCUCUAUCGACGGUUCGUCGUCGUUUCGAUCGGACCCCGGUAAAAUUAGACCAAUGAGAGGGCCAGCAAGGUGCGCUCCAGGUGAGAGAAACACGGGGUGGACCCAUGGGACGCGAACCUCGGUGGACGCCGUUGGAAGCAGAACGCCGGAGAAAUAUCGUCGAUUCUAACGAGCAAACGUCGAUCGCCGAGCAUUUCGCCAAAGAAUUCCGCCGCUCGUGAAGAAGCCAAGUGAUUUUCUCGACGUUUCUCUCGAUCGCGCUCCGGUCGAAGCGAGCAAGGAGCGAACGAAAGGGAGUGCGCGUAGAAGUGCGUGUGCAAAAUUCUCGAGAAUGUAUCGAGGAUAACGCGAACGAGGAUACGCGAGACCCGCGACGUUCGUCCGUUGUUUGACGUGCGAGAGAAAGGAGAGGAAGGAAACAGAUUGAAAAGGGUGGGGGAGGUGAAAAGAGGAGAACGAGAACCGAUACGAACGAGGAUAGUGAAGUGUGAAUGUGGUGUCUGUGCAACGGUGGUGGAAGGUGGUUGUGGACGACAGCGACAAAGGUGCUGGUGUCGUCGUCCCUGUUUGUUAUUAUUCUUGUUGUUGCCGUGGUUGUUUGUUGAUUGUUGUAUUAUUGGUGAGCAGUGGUGACGCGCGGUGCGCGCUGCUCGUUCGUCCACGUUGUUACGAUGGUUUCCACGUCCUUUGUGACUUUGGUGUUCUUCGUCUGCCUGCAAACGAUCCUACUCUCCACUGUGAGCAACUGCGCGAAGACGAUCAGCAUGUACUGGAACACCACCAACUCCAUAUUUCGAAUAGACAACACAGACCACAUAAUAGACGUGAACAAGAACAACGCGGCGUUCGAGUACGACCAAGUGAACAUAAUAUGUCCUGUGUACCAGCCAGGAACGUAUGACGAGGACGCGGAGAAGUAUAUUAUUUACAACGUGUCUAAAGAGGAGUAUGAAACAUGUCGGAUAACAAAUCCAAAUCCACGGGUGAUAGCGGUCUGCAACAACCCGUACAAGACCAUGUACUUCACGAUCACCUUCAGGCCGUUCACACCGCAACCCGAAGGCCUGGAGUUCCUGCCAGGCCACGAUUACUAUUUCAUCAGCACCUCGUCCAAGGACGACCUCCACAAACGCAUCGGUGGACGAUGCACCAGUAACAACAUGAAAGUUGUCUUCAAAGUAUGCUGCCGCAACGAGGCUGACACCUCAUCGUCAUCAGCAACAUCGCGCAACAAUUCCGUAGCCGUGACCAGCAGCACCGUGCCGAGCAGCAGCUCGACCAGUACCGCAGUUUUGGGUGGAGGAGCCGCUGGAAUACCACCCCCGCCACCACCGAGCGUCCUCAAGGGCGGAGAUCGAUUCUACCCAGGGGGCAGCAUUCAUCAUCAUCACGAUCAUCAUCAGCCGGCCACGGCGGCGCCGACCCUGCCUCACGUGCCCCCUCCGGCCAUCUACCCCGUGCAUCCGCAUCAGCCUCCGAUUCACAAUGGACCGCCGUCCUCCUCGCCGCCCAAGACCUCGAUCGGCCAGAAGAAGAAGAACAAGGAAUAUUCGGACCACCCGAACGAAGUGGUGAAGAACGAAGAAUUGACCUACAACGGGGCGAGUUCCAGCCGUGUUCAAGAUCGGUAUAACCAGUUGGUGGUGGUGUUAACGGGAAGCUUGUUGAUCAGCGCGAUCCUGCCACAAUUAUUGCGGUGAAGCGACAACACUGCCGACAAGAACGUAUAUCCCAUACGUCGAAACCCCUUUUUCUGUGAUUAUCCUACGUUUAAUUAAUUUCUUGAGGCACGCGUGUGCGCGUGCACGCUCGCACGGCCGCCCCUCGAUCGUGAAAAAUAAAACGCGCACGAUUUAUGGUCGGACUGCCUCGAGAGAGAAAGAGAACGAGAAAAUUCAAUCGGGUUGGAAGAAAGACAAAAACGAGCAACAAUGGUUUAAACAAAGGAAAAACAAAAAUUGAAAUGAAAAUAAAAGAGAAUGCAAGUUGUAAGAAGAACGAAGAGUUGGCAGAAAUAACA